AUGGAUAAUGAGGGUGGAACCGAAGUUGAAUACAGAGUAUGGAAUCCGCUCAGGUCGAAUUUGGCUAAUGCAAUCAUGUGCGGUAUUACCAAUAUAUGGGUUAAACCUGGAUCUCGUAUUUUAUACCUGGGAGAUGAUGUGUGUCAAAUUACACUUUCACAUUUGUCUGAUCUUGUUGGUCUGGAUGGUUUGGUCUAUGUAGUGGGGUUGUCUGAUGUUGCAGUAAAAAUGGCGGAGAAGAGGCCAAAUGUUAUAACAGUUUUCCAAAAACCUUCAUGUUUUGGGAAGUAUCGCAUGGUUGUUGGCAUGGUGGAUGUAAUUUAUGCUGAUAUACAUUCAGACGAGGUACAUACUAUUAUUAGUAAUGUUUGUUACUAUCUUCGAGCUGGUGGGCAUUACUUGGUCUACACACGGGCAAGCAACAUCUAUUUAACUACUCGAGGUAAAGAUCCAUUUGCUUACCACCCUCGACGGAAGGAGUUUACACCAAUUGAAGCAGUCAUGUUGGAACCGAUUGACAGAGAAUAUUCAAUGGCUGUUGGUGGUUUCCGUAUGCCGGAAGAAUAG